CUGUCCCUGCCGUGGGCCCGCUGCGCCAUCGGAGCUGGGAUCGCAGCUUCUCAACAGCCCGCGCCGUCUCGAGUGUCCCACCUUGGGCGGUCGCCCACUACCACUGCAGUAGAGGGAGUACCAGGGCAGGCGCUGUCCAGCCCGGGGAGGGGAACAGCCAGUGAGGGUCGAGGCGAGGGGACCGUCGGGAGGCCACCAUGGUGGCCACGUGCCUGCAGGUGGUGGGCUUCGUCACGAGCUUCGUGGGCUGGAUCGGCAUCAUUGUCACUACUUCCACUAAUGACUGGGUGGUGACCUGUGGCUACACCAUCCCCACCUGCCGCAAGCUGGACGAACUGGGCUCCAAGGGGCUGUGGGCUGAUUGUGUGAUGGCCACUGGUCUGUACCACUGCAAGCCCCUGGUGGACAUCCUCAUCCUGCCGGGCUACGUGCAGGCUUGCCGAGCCCUAAUGAUUGCUGCCUCAGUUCUGGGUCUGCCAGCCAUUUUGCUGCUGCUGACAGUUCUCCCCUGCAUCCGAAUGGGCCAUGAGCCUGGUGUAGCCAAGUAUAGGCGGGCCCAGCUGGCUGGCGUUAUGCUCAUUCUACUGGCUCUCUGUGCCAUUGUUGCCACCAUCUGGUUCCCUGUGUGUGCCCACCGUGAGACCACCAUCGUGAGCUUUGGCUACUCCCUGUACGCAGGCUGGAUUGGCGCUGUGCUGUGCCUUGUGGGUGGCUGUGUCAUUGUUUGCUGCUCUGGAGAUGCCCAGUCGUUUGGUGAAAACCGUUUCUACUACUCUUCAGGCUCCAGCUCCCCGACUCAUGCCAAGAGUGCCCACGUAUAA